CGUUUUUUUACCCUUAGUUUUACAUUAUUAUUUUUUUUUAAUUGAAGUGCUAGUAAAGGCUAAUUUGGCUUGUUAAUGUAAUGUACAGUGCUGCGACCCUGCUCAGUACUGUAAAUAAAAUUAUAUUUUUGUGAAUCGGUACACGCUGAGAUUGUUUGCAUUCGUUUUCGUUUUCGUUGGUCAACAUCGAAAUAGGAGCGCGAGACCUCUGGAGCGAAACGCAACAGUAGAAACGACUCGACCGCUUUUAUUGUUCUUCGAAGAAUUUUUUCACCAAAUGAAAGCAGAGAAGAAAGCUUUUAUUGGAUAAAUGGCGAAAUUAGGGCACUUCAUUGCCAGAGCGUUACAGUCACCAUCCACAGAGUUCACUGAAGUAAAUUGUUACCUGACAGAGGAUAACAUUGUUGUUGGAUUACAAAUCGUUAACAAUCCAUUUCGCGCGUUUUGAAACUGGAAACUGUUAUUUUGGAUAAGUACAUAGCUCCUUUUUUCUCCUGAGGGAUCGUGGUCGUUGGGAUACACGUUGCUGAUGCAGUUCUCCAGAGCGCGGGAAGCUCGCGCAUCGCUGUGUGGAGCCGCGCGUACGUUGAAAGUGGCGGGAAGGUCUGUUUGAGCUGCAGACACUGCUGGGAAAAGCGCGCGAAGAUGCCGGUGCGACGGGGCCACGUCGCGCCGCAGAACACUUUCCUGGACACGAUCAUCAGGAAAUUCGAAAGUCAAAGUCGAAAAUUCAUCAUAGCCAAUGCACGGGUGGAGAACUGCGCCAUCAUCUUCUGCAAUGACGGCUUCUGUCACAUGUGUGGCUACACACGUGCCGAGAUCAUGCAGAAGCCGUGCACCUGCAACUUCCUGUAUGGUCCGCGCACCAAGAGACUGGCCAUCGCACAGAUGGCGCAAGCGCUGCUGGGGUCGGAAGAGAGGAAGGUGGAGAUUGCGCUCUACAGGAAGGACGGUGCGUGUUUCCUGAGUUUAGUGGACGUGGUGCCGGUAAAGAAUGAAGAUGGCAUCGUGAUCAUGUUUAUUCUGAAUUUUGAAGUCAUGCCAGACGAGAGACUCCAUGACACACAAAAUUUGAACCACAAGUUGCCUGUCCUACGGCGCCAUUCAAAUCGAGCUGGCGGGAUCCGUUUACGCCUGCCUCUCCUGAACUCUCGGAACAACAGUAAAUCUUCUCUCCGGGACGAUCCUGAGGUGGGCCGCGGAACAGGUUUCCCCAGCAAUUCCCACCUGGAAAGCCACGAAUCCCUCACCCUGGAUGAGCUGUUCUCCCUCCCCGAGUCUCACCCUACCACCACCACCUCCAUCGUUUGCACGCCAUCCUCUCUGUUGCCUGAGUAUCAACGCGACCUCCUGGGCAGCAACCCCUCGUCUCCACCCCCUGCACAGCCCCACCCCACCACCCUGCCCUUGGUUCACUCCUCCCCGCGGCCGCAGAGGCUCAACCCGGAUACCUCGGUGUCCAACUGCAGCUUGACGAACAGUCGCUCACGUGAGAGCUUUCACAGCAUGCGUCGUGCAUCUUCAGUGGACGAUAUCGAGGCCAUGCGGCCCGAAUGGGACCGCAAGUACCGGACACACCCCACCAGUUGCAGCACAGGUGCCAUGAACAACAAGUCGGGCAUCCUGAACUCUACCUCUGAUUCCGAUCUCAUGCGUUACCGCACCAUUAGUAAAAUCCCCCAGAUCACCCUCAACUUUGUGGACUUUAAACCGGAUCCUCUCAUCGCACUCCCGCCUGGAGAAAUGGAAAUCAUCGCGCCCUGCAAACUCAUCGACCGCACGCACAACGUCACUGAGAAAGUCACUCAGGUGUUGUCACUGGGCGCUGAUGUUCUCCCCGAGUAUAAACUCCAGGCUCCGCGCAUUCACAAGUGGACGGUUCUGCACUACAGCCCGUUUAAAGCCGUCUGGGAUUGGCUGAUCCUGCUGCUGGUCAUCUACACGGCCAUUCUGACGCCGUACUCCGCCGCGUUCCUGCUCAAUGACCAAGAGGUCAACAAGAACUGCAUUUACUCCUGCAGUCCGCUCAAUGUGGUCGACCUCAUCGUGGACAUCAUGUUCAUCAUCGACAUCGUCAUAAACUUCCGCACCACAUAUGUCAAUGCCAACGACGAGGUGGUGAGUCACCCGCUGCGGAUCGCCGUGCAUUACUUCAAAGGCUGGUUCCUCAUCGACAUGGUCGCUGCCAUCCCCUUUGACCUACUCAUAUAUCGCAACGGGGAGGAGGUGAGUACAGAGACGACCACCCUCAUCGGUCUGCUCAAGACGGCACGUCUGUUACGUCUCGUCCGGGUGGCACGUAAACUGGACCGAUACUCGGAGUAUGGCGCGGCCGUUCUCUUCCUGCUCAUGUGCACCUUCGCGCUGAUCGCUCAUUGGCUGGCCUGCAUCUGGUACGCCAUCGGAGACGCGGAGCGCAAAUGUUCCAUUGGCUGGCUGCACUCGCUGGGCGAUCAGCUGGGAAAACAUUAUAACUCCAGUAUCCAGGGAUCAGGACCCUCCAUUAAGGAUAAAUAUGUGACGGCUUUAUACUUCACCUUCAGCAGUUUAACAAGCGUGGGGUUUGGAAACGUGUCGCCAAACACCAACUCGGAAAAGAUCUUCUCCAUCUGUGUCAUGCUGAUAGGAUCUCUCAUGUACGCCAGUAUCUUCGGGAACGUGUCGGCCAUCAUCCAGCGGCUGUACUCCGGAACGGCUCGUUAUCACACUCAGAUGCUCCGUGUGAGAGAGUUCAUCCGCUUUCAUCAGAUUCCAAACCCGCUGCGACAAAGACUGGAGGAAUAUUUCCAACACGCAUGGUCUUACACCAAUGGCAUUGACAUGAACGCUGUGUUGAAAGGUUUCCCGGAGUGUCUCCAGGCCGAUAUCUGUCUGCAUCUGAACCGAACGCUCCUGCAGAACUGUAAAGCGUUUAAGGGUUCCAGUAAAGGGUGUUUGCGGGCGCUGGCUAUGAAGUUUAAGACCACACAUGCCCCACCGGGCGACACGCUGGUGCACGCUGGAGACGUCCUCACCGCACUGUACUUCAUCUCACGUGGAUCCAUCGAGAUCUUACGAGGAGACGUCGUGGUGGCAAUCUUAGGAAAAAAUGAUAUAUUCGGCGAGCCCAUCAACCUGUAUGCGCGGCCGGGGAAAUCUAAUGCAGAUGUGAGAGCGCUGACGUACUGUGAUCUCCAUAAGAUCCACAGAGAAGAUGUUCUGGAGGUGCUGGACAUGUACCCGGAGUUCUCCGACUACUUCUGGAGUAACCUGGAAAUCACCUUUAACCUCAGAGAUACGAACAUGAUUCCUGGAUCUCCGAGCAGUGAUGAUUCAGACUGCGUUGGCUUUAACAAACUGCGGAGGCGAAAACUCUCAUUCCGACGACGGACAGAAAAGGAUGAUGCAGAUGCUGGAGAACUCAAGAAGAAUCUGAAGCCCAUUCGGAGAAACAGAAAACAAGCAGCCAGUAACAAGGACGAACUCAAACCAGGGUGGGAGGAGCCUCGGAAUUCUGUCUCCUCCCACUCUAGUGGUGAUGAGGAGGAGGAGCCUGUGCACAGAUGCCCCGUCCCUCCAACCACACUCAUGGAGUCGUUUCAAGUACAGAGCACUUCUAUUAACUUUAAUGAUAUGACUGAAGGCGAGGGCAAUCCGAAAACAGGCAACACCUGUAACGCCCUAUCAGGUGCAUUCUCAGGUGUGUCUAAUAUCUUCAGUUUCUGGGGUGACAGUCGGGGGAGGCAGUAUCAGGAACUGCCCCGCUGUAACCUGCCCUCCACGCCGCCGCAUCUCAGCGCCCCCCUGCACAGCAUCACACGCCAGCAGCGCAACCAGAUGGAGAACCGACUGGAGCUGCUGCAGAAACAACUCAACAGACUGGAGAGUCGCAUGUCGACAGAUAUCGGUGUGAUCAUGCAGCUCUUGCAGCGGCAGAUCACGUUGGUUCCACCGGCGUACAGCACCGUCUCCUCACCGCCGCAGGCGUCCAUGUACUCCGAGAGACUCGUACAUCCCGUCACACCGCUGGAGUCUGACACACUCGCCUCUCUUUCACAGUCCUGUGAGUCUCUCGGCAGCACCACAGAGUUUCAUCCUCCAGACAGUCCGAGCGUCUUUCCCUGCCCAGAAUUCUCCGGUUCGGGCGCUCGAUCAGAGCGUGAGCUGGACUUUCAGCGGCGGUUCUCACUACAGGAACCCCAGACAUCACUAGACACACGGACGCCACAGAAACAUAGCUCAGACCCGGGGAGCUAAGGGAGAAGAUGACAAGACGAGAACAAAUGAGCAUUCCUAAGACACAUUUCACCGGGCUCUUCCUCUCGGUUCUGGUUCUGGUUCUGGUUUUAGAAAUACACUCACUCGAAAAUCCCUCAAGAUGAGCCACAUUUGAUCAUGAUAGACUUUGAUGAACCUCAAAAUCACAGGACACAUCUACACUGCUGUCGUCCAGUAUUGGAUAUUCAUAAACACUAAUGAUGAUUGCUAAUUCAAGUAGCCAUUAUUUCUUGCACUGAAUUUUCCAGACUCUCUCUCUCUAUAUUGAUAUCUUAAAGUAUGCGGCGCUUCCAAAACAAAGAACUGGUUGAACUUGUUAGUGUUAGCUGGCCUAACAGAAGAAAAUAACAGUAAUAACCUCAUGCCCCGCCCAAGCACACUGGAUUGGCUGGAUGGCGGGUGGGGGGGCGGCGUGUUUAAAGCUAUGCCAUCACUGAUGAAGCAUAUCAAAUUCAUUUGUUUUGACACUGGAUCGUCUAUUAAGAUGAACAAUAUGCAAACCCAAGCGAGAGUUGAGAGUUCAAUUGAAUCCACGUGUCAUAUCCUGCUUGGUUUUGUUUAGUGUGUUCACACAACUUUUGUUUUUCACACCAUGCGGUGUUUCAGUCAGAACACAUUUGCAAUUUAGCAAUACAGAAUCCUUUAUAUUAGAACCAAUGAUGUAACCGAACAUUGGAGGAACAAAUAUUAACGUUUAUAUUUGUCAUAUUUGCAUGUAAAAAUCCAUAUUAAUCUACCGCUAUCCCCCACAAUGUCUAUGUCGGUUAUAGCCCUGUAAUUAACACACAUAUCAUUUAAUUUAAACAAUUCAUCACCCCUUGGUUACAGUUGCAACCUCAACAAUCCAUGAAAAAAUAAUUUAAAGUUUAAUUUGUAUUUUUCCAGUGACGUGUGGACAAAAAAACAAAACAGCAAGACAUUUUAAUGAAACUACAAUAAGCUAUUAAGCAUGUAAUAAUAAACAAACUCUUUUGAUAUCAAUCUUUUAUUUUAUUAUAAAGCAUUCUUGAAAGACAUUUUAGCAUGAAGACGUUAUAAUUUGAGCUCACUGUCCAUUAUUAUUAGAAAGCGUUGAUAUCUGAGCACAGCAGAUAUGAUGUCUAAGAUUGUAUCAUUCUGCCUUUUGGCUUGAAUUUUGAGUUGUUGAUACCAAAUAUCUUUUAAUAAUUUUAAUUAAACUGGUAAAAACUAAAUGUAAGGAUGGUUGCUUUCACCAAGUCUAAUCCAACAUUUGUAUCUGUGUUUAUGUGAUGUAAUUUCAAAAUCAACACUACGUUUAAUUACAAUAUUUCCAUCUACUUUGGUGACUGCAGAAGUUUGCACAUAUUUAUUAAUAGCAUAUUAUUAUUAUUAUUAUUAUUAUUAUUAUGUCAGAUGAAAGUGUCUCCAUAUCAUAGUUAUUGUGCAUUUUUUUUUGUAAGCUCAGUGCUGAUGGUGUCCUGAUGGUUGAAGACCUUGAAACCAGGAGCUGGAUUCACAAAACAUUUUUUUUUAAUUUCUUAAUUUAAUCUAUUUGCUUCUUUAUUUCUGAUAAAUAAAUUAAAAAAAAGUUACGAAUAUUUUGUAUUUCCGAAAAAGAUUUCUUAAAAGUAUAGUUCACCCCAAAAUGAAAAUUCUCUCAUCAUUUACUCACCCUCAUGACAUAGCAGAAAUGGUGACCAGAACUUUGAAGCUGCAAAAAGCACAUAAAGGCAACAUAAAAAUAAUCCAUAUGACUCCAGUUUUAAUUUGUGUCUUCUGAAGCGAUCGAAACGCUUUUGGUUCGAAACUGAUCUAUAUUUAAGUCUUAAGAGAUAUAAAUCUCCACUUUCACUUUCAAGUCCUUUUUUACUAUAAAUCUCCAUUUUGACUUUCACAUUCUUUCGCAAUCUGGAAGUGAAAGUUAAAGUGGAGAUUUAUAAUAAAAAAGGACUUAAAUAUUCAUCUGUUUCUCACCUGCGUCUAUCAUAUCACUUCUGAAGACAUGGAUUAAACCACUGGAGUCAUAUAGAUUACUUUUGUGAUGCAUUUAUAUGCUUUUUGGAGCUUCAAAGUUCAUUACAGUGCUGAGAUAUUCUUCUAAACAUCUUUGUAUAUGUUCAGCAGAUUUGAAAUGAAAUGAAAAUUUUAAGAUGUGUACGACUUUCUUCUGCUGAACACAAACAAAGGUUUUUAGAAGAAUAAUUCAGCUCUGUAGGUCCUUUCAAUGCAAGUGAAUGGUGACCAGAAA